AUGUCCAACAUGCUGCAGAUAGCGCCAGAGGCGAUGGAGAAGGAGCCGGUAACGGUGAUCCCGGCCGCCGCCAGCAACGAAACGAAGAUAGAGUUGACGUCCACCACCGCCACCAGCAGUCCAACGUCGACGACGACCGAGGUCGUGUCGGUGAGAACGAUGAUCGAAACGGCCACCAUGACCGACGGCGAUCAGGAGGAAGGUCUGGAAAGUGAAAGCGUCGGCACGGCGACAGAAGCGGUGGAGGCUGAGAUGAAGUUGUCGGUAAGCGUCAAGGAAUCGGUAGAAGCCGAAGAAGAACCGGACACGCUGUCCCCGCUGAUGACGGACAACCAUACGUUCCUGCAGCAUCAGGAGUUAUUGCGGGAGGAACCGCUAGCCCAGGACGAGCAGCUGGGUGACGAACCGGGCAGCAGUAGUAGCAGUCCACAGCACUACCAUCGCCACCAUCAUCACCACGGGCAUGGCGUUGAAGAGGUGCACGACUACGGUAUCUACGACGACGACGAGCAGGUGGACGAUGACGCCGAUGACGACGAUGAUGACAUCGAGGACGAUGAGGACGAGAUGUUCAUGCGCGACGAUCACGCCAGUGGCAUCACACCGGAACCCAACAUGAAGCACUCGGACACGAAGGACUCGAUCAGCUCGAUCGACAGUGAUGUUUCGCUGUCGUACGAUCGACGUAGUGUCGCUGAACAGCUUGCCCGUCGGCAGAAUGAUCAAGAGGACACCGGUACCGGUUCGUCCGACGACGCGGCGAAGGAUUCGGGCUGCGAAAUCACAAAACAAAUGGGUACGGGUGCGGGAGAGGAACCGGAACCAGGCACCGAGACCGGUGCGCAUGACGACACUGAAGAGGACACUUUCGAGAUCCCAGAUGAUGAGGCAUGCGAGAAGAUCGUCGAGCAGGUGGAGUUCUACUUUUCCAACGAAAACAUCCUGAAGGAUGCGUUCCUACUGAAGCACGUGCGUCGCAACAAGGAAGGCUUUGUGAGCCUAAAGCUGGUGUCGAGCUUCAAGCGCGUUCGCCAGUUGACCAAGGACUGGCGUGUGGUCGGAAACGCCAUCAAGCGCAAGAGCACCAAGAUCGAGGUCAACGAUCUCGGCACCAAGAUACGGCGGAUGGAUGCACUUCCGGAGCACGACGAAACGACGCCAUCGCGUACGGUGGUUGCUACUGGACUUCCGUACGACAAGUAUACCGUGGAGAAGGUGUCCGAGCUGUUCUCCAAAUGUGGUGAGAUCUCGUUGAUUCGUGUGCUCCGUCCCGGUGGGCCAAUUCCGGCAGACGUGCGGCAGUUUAUCAACAAGCAUCCCGAGCUGCAGCAGAACGAGUGCGCACUGGUGGAGUUCACCGAAUCGGCAUCGGCACGUCGUGCCCAGGCGUUGACGGAGUUCGUCGUACUGGAGCUGGUCGCCCCGAAGAAGAAGACGGGCAAGAAGGCCACCAACGUGACGAAGUUUGUGGAGAGCUACAAGUUUGCGGCUAAUCAUGACAUCGAGCGAAGUCGUGGCGGAGAAGGCUUUGACCGUUUUAAGAUGCGCCGCGGAUCAUCUGGAUUUUAUCCGCGCGCCACCGAUAUGCUGGUUAGUCCGAUCUAUCAGCAGCAGCCGCUGCAACCGUUGCCGAUGCACCACCACGGUCACCACCAUCAUCACGCACACCAGGUACUGCCGAUGAUGACAGCUCCGAUGCAGACACCGAUGCAGGCGCACCACACGGAUCCACACCAACAGCAGUCGCCCCCGAUGGCACCGCAGUACAUGGUGCAGACUGGUCAGUCACGCAAAUACUCCUUCGGUAACGAGCAGUACGAAUGCUUCCAGCCCCAGCAACCGCAACAGCAGCGUCGUUCCAGUGCGUACUCACUUGGAUCCGAGGCGUCGCGUAAGUUCUCGAACUGCUCCGAGGGCUACUCGAGCUGCGGUGAGAUGUCGCGGCGUACGUCGGCCUGCUCCUCGGAGGCCAUGUCUCGCCGAACGUCCGCAUGCUCAUCGGAGAUGCCCUCGUCUCGGCGUUCGUCCAACUGCUCCGACUUCUGCUCGUGCAACGCACGUCGCAUCUCCCAGUGUUCGAGCGAUCUGAUGUUCCGCCGGAUGUCCCAGUGCUCUCAGAACGAAGUCCACACGGGUCAGCGCAAGUACUCGGUUGGUUCGAGUUACGACCGAAAGUACGCCAACUCGCCAACCGAUCUGCUUCAACAGCAGCAGCAGCAACAACAGCAGGUGCAACAGCAGGGUCAUCUGCUCCAGCGGCGCAUCUCGAUGGACUCGACCGGGCCGCAGUACGACCGCAAGUUCUCAUCCGGAUCGAUCACCGGCUACCAUACGGAUAGCCCUAACAUUUCGCCCCGUAAGUACUCCUCAACGGGCGGUGGCUUCGAUCCGCUCCGGAAGCUGUCCAACGGUUCGGACCAGUACUACAACGGUCGCAAGAUCUCCACCGAUUCCGGGUACGACCGGCGAAUCUCGAUCGGAUCGGAAUGCUCCGGACCGAGGUCCCGUGCCGGUAGCAUCCUCUGCAGUCACGUCAACGCUGGCAACACUGUCCUGCCGACGACGGUCAGCGAAGCUGUCGUGCGCACACCGAUCGGACCGGAUGGAAGCAAGGGUUUCGGGACACGCACCCGACGCAUUGGGCAGAUCGUUCCGCCGGCCUAAGUCCCGCGGGAGGUACACGAGCAUGUUCACAAGCGCUACCAACUGCCCUUC